AUGUUGUAGCCAAUUCAAACAAUUCAUUCAGAAGAUUUUCAAUUAGAAAAUAUUUAAAGCAGCUACUAUCCAGAAAAUAACUCAAAAAAAAAUAAUUAACUAGAAACUGACCUUUAAAUAAAUAUGCUCAGUUUAAAUUCAAACUAAGAGGAUCCAAACAGCUAACAGCCAACAGACAGAAACAAAGUUAGCUAAUUAAAAAUUAAUCACAGAUCUUCAUUGUUAAAGCUGAAAGAAGAAAAUCGCUCUUACAUAUAAGAAGAACAAAAGCCCACAACCCUAAGUCCAAAUAGAUAAUAUCUAAAUUUCCCUUAAAUUGAUAAUUUAAACAAAAAAAGACCUAUUGUUCCAUUACAAAAUUAUAAUUAACAGAGAAAAAGUGAAGUAUGUUUAAAUGCAUAUCAAAGUCUUCCAAAACUAAAGAAACUUUCUGAAUACUAAAUAGCAAAUUAUCUACCUUCAAAUAACUAUUAAUAGCAAAAGAAUAAAUAUAUUUCUAAUGAAACUAACGAAUAUAAUUCAUAUUUAUAACAACAAUAAAAAUCUAAAAACUAAAGGUCAAUUCACCAAAAACCUCUAAAAAAGCUUGGAGAUUAUUUAAUAACUGAUUAAGAUCAGGAAAAUGGUGAUAGGUUAAUGGCCAAUUAGAAGUCUAUCUCAGAUAAAUAUAAAUCGUUGUUGUAACUAAGGCUGCUUAAUUCUGAAAGCACUAAUCAAAAUCUUGCCACUCAACAAAAUAAUUCUUCUAUAUUUUAAAUACGCAAGGAAAAGAUUUCCAUCCCUUACUUAUCUACCAAAAUAGAAUAAUAGUAGCAAAAGGAUUUAUCUAAUCAAUAAUUAGCUAUCAAAAGAUUUAAUGAAUCAAUUGAUAGAAGAUUUAAGUUCUCGUGUAAAACAAAAGCAGGCUGCACUUUUGAUAAAAAUCCAAAAACAAAUCAAGAUAGUCCUAUCAUUUAUCCAAAACAAUUAGGAGAACAAGGAAUCUCUCUUUUUGCUGUUUGUGAUGGACAUGGUGUAAAUGGACAUUUAAUUUCAGGAAUGAUUAGGAAAAAUCUUCAUAAGCAUGUUUUGAAGUACUUGAAAAUUAUUUUCAAAAAAUAAUAGAAAAUUAAAGUAGAAAAUGAUAAAAGUGAGAAAGAAGAAAAAGCUUAGACUUCUAAUGAAGGUAUUAGAGAUUUAGAUAUAUAAGAUUUUAAAAACUGUAUUCAGUAGGCAUUUUAUGCUGUGAAUUCAGACAUUUUAAAGUCUGAAGUAGAUUCAAAUUUAAGUGGAUCUACUUUAGUCAGUGUAUUUAUACAUGGUAAAACAAUAAUAUGUUCUAACGUCGGAGAUUCGAGAGCAGUAUUAGCUAGGAAAAAAAAUGGAAACGAAAUUCAAGCUAUUCCUCUCUCUAUAGAUCAUAAACCUUGCUUUGAUAGAGAAAAAUAAAGAAUCAUUCAAAGUGGAGGAAGAGUAUAGAGCCAAAAAGAUCAUUAUGGAAAUCCUAUUGGACCUUUAAGAGUUUGGAUGAGUAGUUUAGAUAUCCCAGGUUUAGCUAUGACAAGAAGUUUCGGGGAUAAAGUGGGAAUAUAAGCUGGAGUAAAUUGUGAGCCAGAAAUUCUUGAAUCUGAAAUAAAUGAAGAUGACUAGUUUAUAAUUGUAGCAUCUGAUGGAUUAUGGGAAUAUUUAUCAAAUUAUGAUGCUGUUAAGUUAGUUCAACCAUAUUAUGAGAAAGGAUAAGUUGACUUGGCUGCUGAAAGAUUAGUUAUUGAAGCUUCAAAUGCAUGGAAAAGAGAAAGUCUCUCCAGAGAUGAUAUCACAUGCAUCGUUAUUUUUUUUUAGAAAACAGAUGGAAUUAAAGAAGAUGAAAAAUAAAAAGUUAGUUAAAAAAUAAUUGAAAAUAAUUAAUGA